AUGUUUUCAAAGAGUUUGAGUCUACUUCUUAUCCUGAGUUUGUCACUCUUUAUCUCCACUUGUAAUGGAGCUAUAGUUGUGACAGCAAUCGACUAUGCUGGUACAUUUGCUAAUAUGGGUGCUACUGGAAUGACUGGAACCACUGCCAUGUACAUAAGGAGAGCUGACAACUCCGUAUAUGCACUCGGUAUCGCACAAUUGAGCACUUUUGGAGCAAAAAUCACCUAUGGCUCCGAUGUCCCAUUGCACGGAACACUCGUUGCCACACAGGGUGGCACAGACUAUGAUAUCGCCUUGUGGGGCGCCUCUCAAAUCAUCAAGACCUCGGCAAUUUCCACUGCUGGCGGUCCGAUCACUAUUGUCGGAGCCCUCUUCCAGAACGACCCAGCCAUCAACCAACUCAGCCAACUUGUUGUCCUUAUCCCACCCAAUACUGUUUCGUUCAUUGUCACCGCCACUCAAAUGAACACAGAAACCAUGUCCAUCUUCAACAUCAGCUACGCUGAGUCCCACCCCGUCGGUAUCAAUUGCAUUCAAGGAAUGACAACAACUGCCAACAUCUACCCUGAUGGAGACUACAGCCAAUCUGUCACAUGGGCCAAGAGAAGGAACCUCUUUACUUUCGGUGUUCAAUCACCUAGCAUGGCCUCGUACCUGUUGGUUAAUUCCGGAAAUUCGAUCCAAAUUUCUGGCAACAACUAUGGUUGUGAUAUUAACAAGGUUGUUGUCAAGUUGGCCGGUAUCCAAUUGACAGUCACCACAUUUGUCGACCAUUACUCUUUCACGGCAACUCUUCCCAAGGCUUCAUCUGCCGUCUUUGAUACCACCGGUCUCUCAGUCCCAGGCACCAAGUCUCUAACCAUUGCCAUCAGUGGUCUAACCAUGCCAGCUCAGCCAAUUAUUAUCGCUCCAUUCAUCACCUCUGUUACCAGUGUUCAGAGUGUCACAGGAGGAAGAGUGACCAUCACUGGAAGCAACUUGAGCACAAGGAAUGCUGACAACUCGACUGUUGCAUACACCAUUAUGAUGGGCACCAUUGCUUGUGCCGUCGAUCCAGAGAUGGAGGUCGUGUCCAACAGACUGACCUGUAUCAUGCCAAGUGCCGAGUACUCGGAUGCCUAUCAACCCCUUGCCGUCAAGGUCACCAUCAACAAUGUUGCAUCAAGCGGCGACGUCUCCUUCAACUACAUCGUUCCAUCUUUCACCUCUGAGCCAUUCCAAUUCGGCCAGGUGAUCAUCAUCAGAGGCGAGAGUAUGGGUAGCUUUGAGACCAUGCAGGUCUCGUUGGGCGGGGUGAACACCUCGUUCGCCGCCACCAUCCUGCGUGAGGCCAGCCAGAUUUUGGUCCUGCCAAUCGCUUCCACCCCACUCGGCGAGCCACAGACUGUUUUGGUGAGCAAUGGAGUAAACCUUGUCGACUCUGAUGUCACACUCCAACCGACCAACAUGACUGUGUCCAACGUCAGCCUGCCAGUCUCUGGUGGCAGUGUUAACAUCACUUGGUCGCCAGUCGAAAUGAUGAACAAUGUGGACAAGGAAGACAUUAUCGUCCCCCAAUGCAUCGAGUACGACUGGUCCGUCGCCGGAGAUAUGAUCAUCUGUCAGUUGCCAGCCGGUACCGGACUCAACCAGCCACUCACCAUCACAGUGUACAACGUUACCGCGUUCACUGGUUCAUUCAGCUAUUUGUCGCCAGUUCUCCGCAACGUCAGCAGCGUUGGCAAGGAUGGAGGUGUGAUCACCAUCACUGGUGACAACUUCUUCCCAACAGACAAUGUUGCCGUCGUCAUUGGCGACAUUACCUGCAAGAAUGUCAAUGUGACCGAUGAGCACACCAUCACCUGCUCGAUCGAGAAGGCCGACCUCCCCUCCACCCUGCCCACUGGCGAGCAAGAGAUCAAGGUCACCAUCGGAGAGCAAGAGGUCAAGGCUCCAGUGUUCACAUUCACUCAGCCAACCAACCCAACCACCUCCACUACCUCCACUACCUCCUCCACUACCACCACUUCCCCAACUACCACCACCUCUACCUCUACCUCUACCUCUACUACUUCAUCUACCACUACCACUACCACUGCCAACCCAAGCUCAGCAAACCGUCUCAUGAAUGGAAUGAUCUUCACAAUCUCCGCAAGCCUAAUCGGCAUGUUGUUGAUUGCCUAA